CUCAGCAGUACUGGCAGCUUGAAGUGGACCUUUGCUUUUCCACCACGGCCUCUUUAUAAGACUGCUCUGAUUUCCUCGGGGGGCUUGUCGUAUAUUGUAUUUCAUUUUGUUGUUGAGUGUAGAUGCGGACAAAAUAUAACUUGCAGAAGGAAUGAAAAAGAGGCGCGUGGUGUAGUAUUUAUAAGUAGCCGACGAACGCAGUGAGAAGGUGAUAAGCGCAUGGUUAAAGUAUGGUAAGCGUCUGACUGGUCGUACUAAGAAUGUAGUAAGAACGCACUGGACGUGAAGAUGCGCGUGGUAAGAAAGUUAGUGUGAACGUGUUAGACGCCGAGAAAACCUGGCAAGGAUGUUGUAAGGGCGCAGUAUGAACUUAGAACUGCACAUUUUUUUAGUUUGACCCCCGUCCCCACCGCGUCAAAAUUUUCAGGACGUAGUGUAGUCUUCAUGGUUUUCGUUUGAGAGUGAUCAGGGCAUUAGUGACUGUAUAUUAUAUACUUAUGACAUUAAACUAUAAAACUAUUGUUAUGGCACACAUUGAGACAAUGUGCUACAAUCUGACAAAAACAGAAUAGUACAGGGAUAUGCAAAUGUAAAUUUGAUUACGUUGAUCAAGCGGCAAUGACUUUUUCCCAAAGAAAUCAUGAUGAUCUGACAGGCCAGGGAUGUUCACAUGGUCUAUCAUACUAACAUAGUUAAUGAAUUAUGUAGAUUUACUAAGUGUCAUUAGUUCUCUUAGUGUAAAUUAAUUGAAAUGAAUACAUCAACACUAACAAAUUCUGAGUCGCGAAAACUAAUGACAAAGUGAAACACAUGUCAUUUAUUCACUAAUACACACUACAGACAAACUUCGUCAGCUCAAACUCUGAUAAUUCGAACACCAUUCUUUACUUGAAAUUAUCGUCAGGUCCCAACCAAAUUCCUUUAUAAUAUAUAUUCUUCGAUCACUCAAACUACAGAUAACUCGAAUACAUUUUGUCGGUCCUGAUUGGUUCCAGUUAACGAAUGUAUUUAUAAUAAUUUACAAUUGUUGUAAAGUUCUGCACAGAACUGUUGCCGUUUUAAACAUUCUUGAUAUGACAGUUACCAUUAUAUACUUAAUUUUGACUCACAUAAAUGCAUUCUGACUUUUCGUCUGCUUAAUAGCAAAUUUUAUCCAAGGGAGACAACUUUUUUCAUUUUUGUUGGAAGGGCACUAUUUUUUGUUGAUAUAAUAUUGUUGAAUUCAUUCAAACAGUGAUUUUAGCUAAUUAUACUGACGACUGUAAGUGUCUAUAGAAAUUUUAUAGAUAAUAUUAGGUAUUUCUGAAAAUAUAUACAUGCAUGGCGGCCAUCUUAAUUUUUUCGGUCAUAUUGGAUUUUUUGGAGUGAGUCUCAUGUUCAUUUUUAGUGUUUUGCCCUAAAGUAGUUAAUAUGUAUCAAGUUUUGUGCUUUUCCUAUUUUCUGAAAUAUUUUUACACCAUUUUAUUGGACUAUAGGGAAAUUCCAUUCAUUUAUAUAUCAUAUCAUUUCGCAUUCAAAUGUAGUUCCAUACCAUUGACGAAUACAAAUGAUAUUUUCUCUAUUUGAAACUAUCAAUUUUAUUUCACUAAUAAAUUUCAGUAUUUCACAGAAGAGCAUAGAAUAAAUCUGUGAAUUCUUGUGUGAAGUCGGUAACUAUUUCCGUUGUUUAGGUAUUAGACCCGUAAUAGAGUACCUCCCUCUUGAUGAAUAUUCAAUUCCUACUAUAAAAUUACUUUGACUGCAAUUUUCAGUGACGGGGGUGGUGGUGAGGUGAGGGGCAGGUUUAGGCCACAAGGGGAGGAAAUAAUUUUUUCCCCUUUUUUCCUAUUAAGUUUUUACUUCUUUCAAGACUUACUUAUUUAUUGUACAAAAGUGGAAAAACUUCAUUUGAUAAGCGAUUUCUUGCUGUUCAAAGUGAAUAUACCUCUUAAACAGAAGGGGUAGAGUUAGAUAUAUUUAAAAAUACUGAGUUACAUGCUGUAAAAGUUCUCUAUUUUGCCUUCACUCUUUAGAUAACAUGUUGUGGAAGAAUAAAUGUUGGUAGGUUUUACUUCUGCCCCAAAGUUAUUUUUGAAUGAAGUGAGCAAAAUUCAAAACAGACCUGCAGGAUUCCACCUUAAUUUUUUAAUGUUUGAAUUAGAAUUCUGUCUCACUGAAUCCAUUUACUUGAGGCACCCUAGAAAAAUCUAUAUUGACAGUUUCAUUUUGUGUUUUAUAAUUGUUUACCAAUAGUUUGAUGUUUCUUUUAUCAAAUUUAAUGGUAUACUGAAUUCUCGGCAAACAUUUUGGAUAGUGACCAUCACAUUGGAAUCUGUCUCUACUUGAGCUUGAGGAAAAACCAUAAAUUAUACAUAACUUAUAAAAAACGGCACGGUAAAAAAUGUUUAAAAAUUGCAACACAGUGUAAAACACGGUCAACUUUAAAAACAUACCUAGCAAAUACAUACAAUUUGUAAACAUUACUACUAGGGAUCAAAUACCUUAAGCAAUUUCUAUAAUUGUGUGUAUAUGUAUACCAAAGUGUUUAGUACAAUGUAUAUCAAUAGCUGCGUGAUUCCAAGAAGCUUGUUAUCGCAACUGACAUCGGUACCUACGCAAGCGGCUAUGCUUAUCAGUUUUGAGAUGAAUACAAGAGGAACCCACUCCGAAUGUUUGCACCGAAUUGGCACUCCAACGCCCAAGCUGGUGGUUCAUAUUCCUACAAAACUCUAACAUGCCUUCUUCUUGAUGAAAAUACAGAUCUCAUUUCUUUUGGAUAUGAUGCUGAUUACAAUUACAGCCGGUACAACACAGCGGAAGUCACUAAUAAGCCAAAAGAAUGGGAAAAUUAUUAUUACUUUCGCAACUACAAAAUGGCAAUCUACGCAAGAGAAGAUCUAUCUGAUGACACUCCUAUAGAAGCAGCGGGCGGAAAGCAUCUACGGGCAAUUGUCGUCUUUACAAGGACAAUAGAGUUUUUCAGAAGAGAAUUGUACAAACACUUCGUUAAUAAUGGAUCUCUAAGGAAACCAAAAGCGCCAAACGCAGCUAAGCAGUUUGAAAAUUUCGACCUGAUUAAUGCGACUUGGGUAAUAACUGUGCCAGCGAUAUGGGAUGAACCCGCAAAACAGCUGAUGAAAAGAGCCGCUUUAAAGGCCGGUAUCAAUAAUGAAAAUCUGGUAAUAGCCCUGGAACCAGAAUGUGCUGCAAUAUAUUGCAGGCAGUUGUCAAAGAGUCAGCUUCAGAUCUAUGAAGAAGAGGGAAACAUUAAUCACAUUGUGCAUCCUGGAGCUGUUUUAAUGGUAGUUGACAUAGGAGGAAAGUAGUUUUAUCUUUAUUUAUUUUACGAAAGUUCUUGAAUCAAGUGUAUUUUAUAGUUCUAUAAGCAUUUAAACCCACAUACGUUUUAGUUAACGUUUGCAUUUGUGAAGUCAAAUAUGUCUUCGUUGCAAUCAUAGAGAACAAACGAGCAAAACGAAAAGUCGAUUCGGUUAAAUGAAUUGUUACUAAAUGCAAUACACCUCUUAUGCGACCCUAUCAAUGGCUCAUUGCAUGGAUUCUAUUAUUCAAUGUCACAAAUUACGUAACGAAAGCGUGAAAAAAACUCUUACCUAUCCGCUCUUUUGUUUAGAACAGGUCUAUAAAUAACGUAUAGACAACUUACUAAAAAGAGGUUAAUGAUAAUUAGAAGACCAGCCCAAAUUCUAUUGUUUACAAUAUUAAAGAAUCAUUAAAAGUUCGUGCAGCUCAUUAAAAAGCAAAGCCUAACGUAAUGUGCGGGCAUGAGUGACUGGGUAAUUAAGACUGUUUAAAAAUGUCUUUUGAAUAUAAAUAUUCCAUCAGUUUUACUUAAAAAUAUCUUGAAAUUGUUCUAAAAACGAUCACUAAAACAUUUUUAUUACCUUUUUUUUAUCAAAUGUCCUGGAAUUUAUCUGAAUGUUAUAUACUCAGUAUUAUUUCCAUGUGGUGUUUCCGAAAGCUUCUUGAAACAGGACCAGUUUUACAGAAAUAAUGAUUACAAAUGAUAAAAUAGCAAAAUGCAAACACCACAAACUUCCCCCAAGUUCAUUACUAAUCCAAAGAGGAAAAAAGUAAUGUCCGUGCAUUUUACAUGGAACAUACAUUUCACACUUGUAUUUGGGCAAUUUGCUAUAUCAAUAGUACCCAACGCUUUUGUUAAUUCUUUUAUUUGUUUUGUUUUAUUUGUUCAAAUCAUAACAUGAAUAAUAUACAGCAACUGUGAAAAGAGAAUUGGAGUGAGGACUUUGUUUUUAUACUAACAUUCUUCAUACAUUUGUUAUUUAUUAAGACAAACAAUGCCCAUCUUGUUCAACAGUAUUUAAGUAUCAGUUCAAUUGUACUUGUCAAUAUCUAUGGCGUGUCAAUAAAUAUAUUUUUUAAAAUAUACAAUAAAUGUUUAACAAGAUGAAACAAAUAUUACGACUUACCAAAAUAUUGAAGUAUACAACACAAAGGAUAUUUAAGAUAAAAUAUGUAACUUCAUAGGACAAAUUAUAGAAUUAAAAUAUACACAUAAAGCAAUAUACAAUAUAAACAUUACUUAUUGAACUUUGCAGCGU